CGGCAGCAGGAAAGCAGACUAAGAUGACAGCAGCAGCUAGGCCAACUUUUGAACCUGCAAGAGGGGGGAGAGGUAAAGGAGAAGGUGAUUUGAGCCAACUCUCAAAGCAGUAUUCAAGCAGAGACCUACCCUCUCAUACAAAGAUAAAAUAUAGACAGACCACUCAGGAUGCCCCUGAAGAAGUUCAGAACUGUGACUUCAGGAGAGAGGUGGAAGAGAGAGAGAGAGCUGCUGCAAGAGAAAAAAACAGAGACCGACCAACCCGAGAACAUACAACCUCCUCUUCAGUGUCAAAGAAGCCUCUGUUGGACCAGAUUCCCGCUGCCAACCUCAAUGCAGACGACCCUCUAACAGAUGAGGAAGAUGAAGAUUUUGAAGAGGGGGGUGAUGAUGAUGAUACUGCAGCUCUUCUUGCGGAGCUGGAAAAAAUUAAAAAAGAAAGAGCUGAAGAGCAGUCCAGGAAGGAACAAGAACAAAAGGCUGAAGAAGAAAGGAUUUGUAUGGAAAACAUUCUGAGUAGAAACCCUCUCCUUAAUCUCACUGGCCCAUCCCAGCCUCAGGCCAACUUCAAAGUUAAAAGGAGGUGGGAUGAUGAUGUUGUUUUCAAGAACUGUGCAAAAGGUGUAGAUGAUCAGAAGAAAGACAAAAGAUUUGUAAAUGAUACGCUGCGAUCUGAAUUUCACAAAAAGUUCAUGGAAAAAUAUAUUAAAUAG